AUGGAUACAAAUUCCGAAUUAAAACAACUCGAUUUAAAAGUAUUAAUGAAAAAAUUUUUAAGUAAUGAAAAAGAAAACAUAAAAUUAAAAAAAAAAGAUGAUAGAGAUAUUAUACUUUUUGAAAAUAAUAACUUUUAUAUAUAUAGUGAUGUUAUAUGUGGAAUUGAAAAUAGGAAAAAAGAAAAAUAUAAUAUUGGAGAUAUAUAUUUAUUUUUAUGUUUACCAAAAAAUAGUUACACAUUUUCUUAUAUAAAUUCAAUUGGUUAUAAAUAUAUAAGUAUAUUAGAAAGAAAUAAAAUUAUAAAAAAAAUACAAGAUGAAAAUUAUGAUGAUGAAGAGGAUCAAAUAAAAGUUAACUUUUUUAUUUAUGAUAAAAAAAAUACUAUUAACUUAAAUUAUUAUAUUCAUAUAGAUCAAGAAAAUGAAAUACAAUCAAAUCUUUUUGUUAAUGACAAUAUUAAUGAUAUAAUAUGUGAUAUAGACAGUGAAUAUGAAAAUUGGGGAACCAUUAAAAAAAGGAAAAAUAUAGAAGAAGAAGCAACACAAUCUCAAAUAAUAAAUACAAAUAAAGAUGAUAUUAAUAUUUUACCAUUUAAAAAAAAUAAAAUAAAAACAGAUGAAAAUAAUAUAAAUCAAGAAAUCGAUCAAAAUAAAACUACAAACAUUUUAAGUACCAAAGAAAUAAAUACACACAAUACUAAACAAAAUAAUGAAUCUAAAAUUGGUUUAACCUCUUUUAAUAAUGUUAAUAAAAUAUUUAAUGGUGAUAAAAUAUAUGAAUCACAAAUUUUUUAUAUCAAAAAUGAUUGUCAUAAUAUUUCGAAAAUCAUAUAUAAUCAAAAAAAAAAAAAAAAAAAAAAAAAAUUAAAUAAAAAAUUUAAAUACAAUUUUAUAGACGAAGAUAUACCCACAAUAAAAUAUGAUGAACUGUUUUAUUUUAAUUCGAACGAAAUUAAUUUGGAAGAAAAUUAUAUAAAUAAUAUUACCACUAAUUUUGAAUUUCUAAAAAGGAAUCACCUAAAGAAUGCCGAACAGGCCGAACAGGCAGAACAGGCAGAACAGGCAGAACAGGCAGAACAAACCGAACCAGGUGAGAACCCUAUUUUAAAGCACUACUACCAAAAUGAUAUUUUUAAAAAUAUCUUUUUUCGCAAUAUUAAUUUAUAUUCCCUUUUAAAUAAUACAUAUCUUGCAAGUUUGCCAAAUGAUGAGAACAUUUUUAGUAACCUCCAAAUUUUAGUUAAUAAUUUUUUUGAAGACUAUAUAAAAUUUGCUAAAAAAAAUAACACAACCAGUUUAAAUGAUGAAAAAAGUGAUAUUGUACAAUUUGAGUUAAAUUUAAACGAAUUAGAUUUACAAAAUUGUGAUGAAAUAAAAUAUUUUGAGAACAUUCCUAAUAAUUAUUUUCCAAACUUAGAUAAUGAGAUUCAGAAAAAUAGAAUCUCUACAAAUAAUUUAAGCUCUAUUUAUAACAUCGCUUUACCACACAAUUUUAAAUACACAGCAUCAUCUAUAGAAACACUUGAAAAAUUUAAUAAUCAUGAUAAACUAAUAUUUUUCCAUAACAUUAUAAAUAUGUAUAUGUAUUCUUUAUAUGAUAAAAAUUUUUAUAAAAAAAAUAUAAUUUAUGUGAAUUUUUUUCACAAUUUUUUAAAUAAUUUUUUUUUUGAAAAUAAUCUUGUUAAAAUAAAUUCUUAUAAACAGGAUAAUUUUUUAGACAAUGAAACAAAUUCUAAUUAUUCUGAUGAAAUGUUAAAUGAAGAUUUUGAAAAAAAUAAAUUUUCUAAUAAUUUGAAUGAAACUCAAUUUACUAUAGAUGAUGAUAAAUCAAAGUUUUAUUUGCUCGAAAAUAAUUAUAUAAAAAUAAAAAAAAAAAUGGAUAAUAAAAUAUUUGAAACAUUAAAUGAAAAUAAAUAUAAUAAAGGAAAUAAUGAACUUAUUAAAUCGGCACAAAUAAAAGAAAUAAAAUAUAAAAAUUUAUAUGAUCUAACUGGAAAUAAUUCAUGUGAUUUUAGAAGAAUAUAUCAUUUUUUUAAACAAGAGCUUUUAUAUAAAAGUAAUAUAAAAAAUGUAUAUAUAAAUGGUGUAAAACGAAAUAUAAUAAUAGAUGAUGAUAAUAAUAAAAACCAUAAAAAAAUAUUAAAAAUAAUUGAUGAAAUACAUUUAACAUAUAAAAGAAGACCAAUCAUUUUAAUAGAAAAUAAUUCAAGUAAUAAUAUAAUAAAUAGAAAUAACAUUGAUUCUUUUUUUUUAUAUAAUAAUUUAGAUAAACCAUCAAAAAUUGAAAAACAAAAUAAUUUAAAUAAAUCAACUAAAACAAAUAAUUAUGAUGGAAUAUCAAUUAUUUAUAAUAUGUUUAAUAAAAAUAUCAAAUUUUUAUUUAUAGAAAAUGAUAAAAUUAAUAUUUUAUCUGAAACAGAUUGGAAAUGUGUAAUAGCUGUUAUUAUAAAAUCAAAAACAUCUUUAAAAAAUAUUCUAAAUAUCUAUCCUUUUGAAAUAUCAACAACUUUAUUUCAACCAUUUAAAAUAUUUGCAUUUAUGUAUACUGAUGAAAUUAUUCCAUCUGAUUUAUUAACAAUAAGUGGAAUUGAUAUUAUUCGAUUAAAUCGUAAUAAUAGAAAAGAUGAUCAUAUUGGUGCUAAAAAAUUUUGGACUAAUAUUGAAAAAUUUAUUUUACAGCGUCGAGAUAAAAAUUUUUAUAAAAAAAAAAAAAAUAUAUAA